AUGUACAUACAAAGAAAUACACACGCACAGACACAUGUACAUACAUACACAGACACGUGCACACACAGACACAUGUACGUACAUACACACAAACACACACACAGACACAUGUAUACACACAGACACAUGUACAGAUACACACAUGUACAUACACACAGACACAUGUACAUGCAUACACAGACACACACAAACACACACACAUGUACACGUACACACACACACCCAUAAAAAGUUGCAGUACUUCGUUGUUCACUCACAGACCCAGGUACUGCACUCUAGGGGGAGGCAGAGAGCACAGCACACACUCCUUCCUUUGCUUUCACUGCGCUCAGCUAUUGAGCAGUCUGACAGCUCCCAGUGUCAAUGACAGAUCCAGCCUGAGCUCCGAGCCUGCUCAGCAAGUUGGCCCUGGGGGACACACUCGCCCCCACCAUGAUUUCCACUUGCCAUUGGCGAGCAGGUGAGUGGAAAUUUCAAGCCCUGUACUA